AUGGAUCAAAUUUAUGAAAUGAAAAAUAUAUUAUCCUUAUGGAGCGCAAUAAUAUGUUUGAUAAUUGUACCGGGAGUGCGAUCUCAAACAAUUACUCCGCCUGUAAUAACGAUAACUUCCACAUCUACCACAUACAUUACUCCGACAGCAAAAUCUACACCAACCACUACUUCGAGCAAUAGUUCGAAUUCUGAUGGUACUACUAUAAAUAUUGCUAUAGUCAUAGCCGCUGUAAUGGUCGGAGCUGUAUCAGCAGCGGGAAUAAUUUUACUAAUUAGAAAAUAUAUUAAAAAGAAUAAGGGUCGGAGAGGUAGUUUUGAUGAUUUUAAUAUACAAGUCAAGAAUGGAGAUAAUGAUCUUGCGCAUGAUGCCGAUUUUGGUAUUUCUGGUAGUGAAAUUUAUGAAAUUUCUAACAGUCAACCAGGACUGAAUUCUAAGGGAACAGGAAGUGGAAAUUAUGGAAUUUCUAACAGUCAACCAGGACUGAAUGCUAAGGGAACAGGAAGUGGAAAUUAUGGAAUUUCUAACAGUCAACAAGUAUCAAGUUUUACGGGAACAGGAACAGAUUAUUAUGGGAUUUCUCACAGUCAACAAGGAGUAAAUUACGGAUUUCCUAGCCAUCAAGGUUCAAACCCCAUGACACCUAGUACUGGAUAUUACAGAAUUCCUGGAAAUGGUCAAGGUUUAAAUGUUCCAGGAACCGAAGUUGGGCAUUACGGAGUCCCCAAUUAUCAUCAAGGUUCAAAUGUAAUGGCAACUGGAGAUGGACACUACGGAAUAACAGGUCAUCAUCAAACAAUGGGAUCUGGCAAUGGUUGGAAUAACGGAAUGCCUAGUCACCAAUCCCACGGUUCUCACGCGCCCAUUAAUGUCGUCCCUAAUGCUUUCCCUAAUCCUUCAUCGCGUCCCGUCAAUUAUGAUGCAUCCUAUCAGUUUAAUAAUUCUUAUAAUUGA